GUUGUUGUUGUUGUUGUUGUUGCUGUCGUCGGGUUUGAAGGAGGGGAGAGGAUUACCGCCUUUGAUGACCCAUCCGAGGGCGAAGAAGGAGAGUCCGGCAAGAAUCGCGGACCCCCACGCUUGGGAGUACCACCUGCUGUACUUCUUUGUGGCGUAUUGCCAUUGUUCCCUCAGGGUAGCCGGGCGGGUUCGGGAAGUGGGGCUUUUGACCCGAAUACCCGGCGGUGGCGUCCGGCGGGUUCGGGAAGUGGGGUUUUUGACCCGAAUACCCGGCGGUGGAUUUCCCGACGGGAUUGGAUUCCGUCGGAGCUGAAGAAGAAG